AUGAAUAAAUCGAUUGAGCCUGACGGGGAAUUCAAUCGGCUGUCAGUGUUGGUGCUGUUGGGCAAGAGCUUUCCAAUGUGCAGUGCAGUGCGUAGCAUAACCAUCCUGGAUGCUGUGAGGUUGGCGAAUACCUUUGCUUCAGUGGCUUGGGCCAACACAGAGCUGGGUAAGGUCACUGGGCCACUGCGCUGCGUACCUGGGGGCGGACGAGGCGCAGCUCACGGUCAAAAGCACGAUGCGAAAGUCCAUGAUACCAGAUCCGCUCAGCGUGGAGGAGCUGUGCUUGCUUCAAGGAUUUUUCGAGCUUUCGGGCCAAUAGGAAUGCGCGAAACCCUGGCAACUGCGCUAAAGGAGGCACUCCGCCCAAGCUGUGUCAUGUCCACGAUAUGGGGUCUGGAAAAUCCCUCUCUGGUUGCCUUAUUCAGAUCCACCAGGCACGGCCCCACAGUGGUCUGGGAAAUGGCUACUGCAACCUCUCACCUGAGGUACUGUAGGGUAUGCGGCACUGCGUUGAGAGACAAGCCGGUCACCAGUCGAACACAGCAAGCUCACUCACUCACUCACGCCUCCCCGAUAACCAACCAGAACUAUAUAACGGAUGCUUCCCGUCGUUGCGCGACCAUGGUAGCCCGUACUCCUCCUUUGGGAUCCCUCAAGAAGGGUUUUAACAAGAGCAUUCUGCCUCAGAUACAUCACCCUCUUCCACUAAACAAGAGGGAGUCCCAGCAGCUGCUCAAUUCCAUUACCUCCUCUUUCCGAAAGAACCUAGACAAAGAGCACCCGUGGCAGCCACACGACGCAGCCGAUGCUACAGCUGCGAAAGUGAUUGCAAAUACCUCGCUACAACUUGCCAAAGAAGUACCACCCAAACAUCGUCCAACAGACCGCCACCUGGGUUCCAUCCUCACCAAUCCCCUCUUCGCUCAACCGAAUGUAAGCGACCGUCAAGCACCAAACGGGCUUCAAUAUCACCACGAUGUAUUUGACUCGGCAGUAUCCAAGGGCAUGAUGACCGUCCGCCGUGCCGCAGGUUAUCUUGCCAUGGUCAACAAACAAGCCCAAUCAUCUACUCUACAAGAUCCCGCCGCCCUGGCUUCUUCAGGUGCCGGCCUUCGCGUAGCCCAAUGGCUACGGUCAUCGGGGGCCGAGAACUCUCUGGAAUUCCUCAAUGAUAAAUAUCUGAUGCCUCUCCUCGUUCAGUUCAUGUUCUUUGAGGGACUAGAGGAGGUGGCUUGGACGUGGUUAUCUCGACUGGGAGCACAACUUCAUGCAUUACCCAAGGAUGGCCAGACACAACACUCUAUAGCAUCUCUUCUCCACGUGAUCCACCUUGCUCAGACCAGCAAGGUUCAAGGUGUGAAUGUACGGCAACCCUCAUUGGAUCCUUCAUAUUCCGCGUUUUUGCGGGCCAACAAGACUUUGGCUACAGAAGAUCCAGUUGCCCUCAAGAGCUUACAGCGAUACUGGGCCAGCCUCUCCUGGUCUUCAACAGUACUCGCCUCCCAACACCAGUCACCGUCCGCACCACUGUAUGAGAUGUUCACGGAUGUUGGCAGACCAUGGAGGAAACGCUUGGAUAUUGCACAUCUGGAGUUGCAUCAUCCUUCUACCCCUGAUCACUCCUCAGCUGUCAAAUAUCUGCACGAUGAGCGCGUUCAAGAUGCCGCCAACAGUCUGAAGAAGUACGAAAAGUAUGUUGAAAGAAUGGUUAGCCUGGGCAGCGAUACGGUCAGCAGGUUGCAGCAAGUUGGCGAGCAACAAGAAGCAUCAUGGGUGUCCGAAUUUAUGGCCAGAACUUUCUUUGCAUGGAAUCUUCAACCUGAAAGACCUGCAUCAGUCAGAUUAUCAUGAUGGCAAAAUAACGUGUUAUGGCAUUUUCGGAGUUUUGGCAUUUGUGUUUUAGGAUACCAGCAUAUGGCACGCGGGGCGUUGGGACAUUCAUUGGUCGUUAGGUCUA